AUGAACGGACCGCACAAUGCGCCGGUCAGCACUGUACGUCCCGGCCUCGACUGUGCCCUCGACUUCUAUAUUGAGAAUCGAAUACCUGGCGGCCACUUUCCAAUGGUCCUUCGGCUGGAUUGGAGCAUGGACCCAGCACCGACACUGAGGGAGCGAGUAAUGCUGCGCUUCAUGGACAGUGUAACCGACUUGACUGGGUGGGAGCAAGCCGUCUUCGAUGCCAAGCAAAUAGACUCCUACUGGGAGGAUCGAUACGAGCUUGCCGCCGAUAGCAAUGUGAAGCCAAGCCCCGCCGAGGAACCGACGCCAGAGUUUGACAUGUCCACCGACUUGGGACAUGUUGGCUUCUCCGAGAAGAUGUUUGAGUGGUGCAUCUGGGAGCUGCAAGCCAAGGCGCAAGAGUACCUCUCCACGGGCUCAGUCAGCGUCUACGACAUGGACGUUGCCAUUUUCAAGAAGGACGUCCCCGGCCUACACUCACCAUUAGAGGAGGAAGCCUUGCAAACUCAGGCCAUGCAUUGGCAGCCCGGUCACAAUGAUACGAAUCUCAAGGUUGUCCAGCCAGCCCUCUACGCACUCGAGUAUAACCGCACAAAAGUAUUCCGGCCGUGUGUCGUCACGCGAGGGAAUUGCUUGGACCUCAUCGGUGAAGGCGAAGUCGUUGCCCGUCCCCAGGUGAAGGAUCAGUGGUACAAAAGCUGGGCCAUUGAGCUGUCGACCCGAUUUCAACUUCUUCCCUCCGAGGUUCAACUUGACAAUCAUGGCAAGGCGCAUAUCACCGGCUACAUCAACAACAUGCAUCCCUUCAAGCACGCGUCGGCUUAUCGGGCAAUAGAGCGAAUUCUCGAUGAGGCUCUGCCUCUCCUCAAGGCUGCAUACAACAGUGUCCGAAGCCCUCCACAGCCAGAAGGCACGCGGUUUCCAUGGUAUCUCCAACGGUGCCAGAACCGUGGCUUUUGCAUGGAAGUGGGGGAGAAGAACGAAUGGGGUCCACCAAUCAACCAAGGAUGCAAACCCGAAAACUACCGCUACGUGGAUGGCGCUCCAUCAUCUCCAACCACCGAGGAGAUGGACGAGUGGUUCACUAGGACGCACCCCUCCGUCCUGCCUGAGCCAUUCGAUACCUCAGCAGCUCAAGACGCGUUCAACUCGGUUCACCGCUACAACACUCCGCGCUCGUGGGCGGAACCCGGCGGGCAGUUCCAGGUUAUCGUGUCAGUGGGCAACAUUUUGCUUUCGCCCGAGAAACCCACGUACGACAGCGGCUCGUUCCAUGUCGAAGGACUACUCAACGAACGCAUUUGUGCCUCGGCUCUCUAUUAUUACGAUAGCGACAACAUCACCGACAGCCGGCUUGCCUUCGAGGCCAAGGCACACCCCUACUCGCCCUGGUUGAUACCCGACAGUGUGUACGAGCCAUACAGCAUUGAUCGAGAGUGGUCAAAGGAGCUCUUCGGUGUGACUCUCGGAGCCACGGCAUGCUCCAAGCAUGUGUAUAUUAAGCUCGGAGCUGUUCAAACCCCUCCCGGCCGGCUAGUUGUGUUCCCCAACGUCCUGGGACAUCGAGUAGAACCUUUCGAGCUUGUCGACAAGACGCGCGCGGGACAUCGCAAGGUCGUCGCCAUCUUCCUCGUCGACCCCAAGACGCCGAUCAUCUCCACUGCCGAUGUGCCGCCUCAGCAGAGGCUCUGGGCUGAAGGCCGCUCACAUCUAUUAGGUGCCACAGUGCCUGGCCUCGAGGUGGCACAUGAGAUUGCCGAGGAGCUGAUCAAAGAGAGGUCAAACUUGACGACUGGGCAAAUCGGAUACGGGACAGUGGACUGA